UUGAUUCUGCGUUAUGAUUAAAUAUUAACCAGGUCUAACUUUCCUCAAGAUAAUAAAACAACAUCCAGUCUGGGAGUCCUGGUGUGAAUCUGCACGAUACUUUCCGGAGGGUUUGGUUUCACAUCAUUAUGAGGGUUAGAAUGAUUUCUAUUUGACCUAAAAUUAAUUUAAAACAUUUUGAAUUAGUUUGUAAACAAAGUGAGAAAAUCUUCAAUAAAACGUCUUCAAUCUGAGGACUUUGACCGAAUAACGCGAGGAGAAAAGAGGAAACUAGAACGCCACUAAAAAGUUUUUGUCUCUCCAAGAUGUUUCACAACCCAGAUGGAUUCAUUUCUGGAUUCUUUAUCAGCUUAAUUCUUCUGAUUCACCUCAAUGAAGGUCAGCAGGAGGCCGAUUCGUCUCAGACCAUCAGAGCGAUGCCUGGCGAUGACGUCGUCCUGCCCUGUCAUGUGGAUCCUCCUCAGGAUCUUUCUCAGUUUACAGUGGAGUGGGGCAGACCAGACCUCAAACCCAGAUUUGUGCAUGUUUGGCACAACCAGAAGGAAUAUUUAGCUGACCAAAACAAAGUCUUUAAAGGACGAACGUCUCUGUUCAAUGACAAACUGAAGGACGGAAACUUUUCUCUGAAACUGUCUGAUGUGAGACAUUCUGACAACGGAAGAUACAGAUGUUACAACCCGAAGGAGAAAACAGAAUAUUUUAUCCAGCUUCUCGUUGGCUCCGCCUCCUCACCUGGUGCCAGUUUAUCUGGACUGGAUGUCAGCAGCAGUGGAGUGAUGCUGGACUGCAGCGCUGCAGGCUGGUAUCCAGAACCUGAGAUGUUCUGGCUGGACGGAGACGGAAACAUCAUGUCUGCUGGAGCUGCAGAGAAAAGCACAGAUCCUGAUGGUGUUUACACUGUUAGCAGCAGAGUGACUGUAGAGAAGAGAAACAACAACAACUUUACCUGCAGAGUCCAGCAGAGAGACAUCAACCAGAGCAGAGAGACACACAUUCAUGUUCCAGAUGAUUUCUUCAUCAAUGAGAGCAGCUGCUCCGUUUCUAUCAGCUUCAAUGUCAUUUUAGUCGUCAUGGUUGUUCUUGGAGUCGCUUUUAUUAUUUGGAUGAAGAAACAAAACAAAGAGGAAAAGAAGAAGUUAAAGAAAAUCAGUGAAGAGCAAAUGAAGCUCAUUCCAGCAGCAAGACUGGAGGAGGAGCUAGAAAAAAGAAACAAGGAUCAGAAAAUCAUUGAUCAGCAGAUUAAAUCACUAACAGAGAUGUUAGAGGAACUGAAGGAGCAGAAAAAACAACUUACUGAUCAAACGAUGGAGGCAGAUAAAAUGAUUGAGGAGGAUGAGAAGAAGUUUAAGGCUGUUGAUGAUGAAGUAACAAACCAGACGGGGAACAAGAUAGAAAAAAAAGCACAAGGAUAUUUAAAACUGAAGGAAAUUAUAGCAGAGAGCAAAGAGAAACUGACUAAAAGAAAACAAGAUCAUCAAAAGGUUGGAUAUACGACAGAUAAACUGAUAAAAAGAACAAAUGAUGAAAUUAACAAGCUGGAGGAAAGAAAACAGGAGAUAGAAAAACAUGUAAAGAAAAUACAAAAACAACUUGAUGAAAAAUAGUCAAAGGAAUAAAUCUGAUGUCACUCAUGAGCCAGAAAUAAAUGAAGUUUUCAUUAUUCAGCAACAUUUUGAUUAAAGAAAAGUUUCAAACUCAGCAGAUUUAUUGCAAACACUGAGAUAUUUUAAUAACUGAAGCACUAAAGAAAGUUUAGAUGUGGAUUUAGUCUGACAGGUGAAAAAACUGCUGCAAACUCAGAUGAUAAACCUACUGAAAGCAUACCUAAAGUAUGACAGUUUUACAUAUGUAUAAAAU